AAAGAGGUGUGUUGGAGUAUAGAUGGGCAAAGCCGGAGUCCACAGAAGCGGGGACGUGCGGGGACGUGUGAGGCCGAGCGACAGGGGCCCGACAACAGGCACGAAACUAAAUUAAAAUAUCAGUAAUUAUUACGUCUUAUUCGGUGUCUGUUAAAAAAAAAGAAAACGAAAAAACGACGUUAAAAGAGAAGGCGAGCUUGCUUUGGAGCCCAUGCAUCCAAGUCACUUUCGCUCGAAUGGAAGAGUGCGACGAAAAAGCCUGACUUGCCUUUCGCAGCUACCUACGUGACACUGACAGUUUAGCGCUCAUAUAUUUACUCUUUUUCCAUGCAAAACACUGCCUGGCUUUGUCAACCUAUCGGCUUUAACGCAUUAUAUCCCCCCCAAAAUUCUCUGUUAAUUAUUAUGACUACACCCACCUAUUUAAUUCGGUUUUUAUUACUCGCGUCGUUUUUGUGGAUGUGAAGAAAGAAAAGAAACAAACCAUUUUUGUAGUACACUUGACGUCCCACGGUGCUUGGACACGCCAGUCAUAGCAUUGACUAGAGUGAAGAGGAAGAGAUUUUGAAUGGGUCACACACAGUGUGUUUCAAAAACACAAGAGGCUGACAUCCAGACGCUACAGCGCCGGGAAAAGGGGCCGGUCCCAGUCGCCGCAGCGCCCACCAGAACGAACCAUAUGAUCUUGCCGGAUGCCCCCACCGAUAAGACCACCGUCCCGGUUCGUUUUAAGAGCCUGGGCCAGGGCGUGACGUCAGGAGAUCCCACAGAGGAUGCUGACCGCGUCGAGAGAGCGAUGGCACACCUCCGGGAGUCCGGCUGGUACUGGGGCUCGCUCACAGCCGCCCAGGCCAAGCAGGUAUUGAGCGGGGCACUGGAGGGCACCUUCCUGCUUCGAGACAGCUCCAACCCAGGGUACCUGCUCACGCUGUCGGUGAAGACCAGCCUUGGCCCCACGCACCUGCGCAUUGAACAUUCGGCUGGCGCCUUCGGCUUUGACUCUCUGGCCGUGGCACGUCCCCGGUUGCGGCGAUUCUCCGGCGCGGUGGAGCUGGUGCUGCACUACGCCAUGGCUUCCCAGAGCUCAGCGGGGGGCGACACAUGGCCCGACCAGGAGAGCUCGGAUGGCAGCCUGCAGCUCCGUCUCACCCGUCCCCUUUGCAGGACGGCCCCCAGCCUGCAGCACCUGUGCCGUAUCACCAUCAACCGCCACUCAUGCAGCCCCCAGGAGCUGCCCCUCCCCCCGCGACUGAAGGCUUACUUGCAGGAGUAUCCGUUUUCACUCUAGCGCACCUGCCCCCAAAGAGGACCUAAUCUUUUCAGCGCACUUUUCAACUGCUGCCUUGUGAUGACUCACUGGAUGCUACGAGCCUUAGUCCAGACAGGAAGGCUUGUGGCGUCCUUUAUUUUAUUUUUAAUUGUAAAAUGCAGUUAUAUGAAACCUUCCAAACUGGAGGGGAUUGCAAGACAUUUUCUUGUAACAAUUGAAGUUACAGAUCAAGAGAAACUUCUUUUCAGACAAAACAGGAAUAUGUUAUUUCGACACCUUUGUGUACUUCUUCAGUUUGACCAGUGGCAUUUCUUUGAAAGGACUGUAACACAAUAUACAUAGUAAAAUUAUGUGAACUCCGGGAGAAAAUAACUCCUGCAGCGAGGUGUUUCACUUGGAAUUGCAAAAUUCUGGGUGUUUUCAAAGCAGUUAAUCUACCACAGGAAUUUUGUGGUUAAUUUCACAGGGUGUAGAAACCUUUGGAAUUUGACAUUUUAAUAUUUGAGAAUGAACACCCCCCCCCAGCACUUUCUAUAAGUUUAAUAUGAAACAUUUCUAAAGAGAAAGAAUAGUACUAAUUUAAAAACCAAGCUCAUAAAACAUCACGUGUUAGAGACUAUGCUUGUCACCUAGGUAACAGUUCAAUUCAUUACAAUUUGUGAUUCUAAAAAAGAAAUUAGGUUGUACUGUGUGGGUGUUUCUUAGAAUUAGUCACAAGGUUGAUUUCUUUCCCUCGAACUCAUGCAGCUGUGUACAUUUGUACAAACACUUCUGUAGCUAACAGUUACCACCGUCCACCUUGUGAUCACUUGUCAAACCAAAGGUAAGUAACAUGCUAAAAGUCUCGAGAAAUCUUUACCCCCUCUUUAGUCAUUUGGUUAUAUUUAAGGACCUGGUUUACAGCCAUAUACAGGUUCCCUUUUGUAUGAUUAUACUAACAUGCAUAUUGAGUUUUUUUACAUAUCACUUUUGCAGAUUUCCAUAAGGUUUAAUGGAUUCUUUUUUCAGUUUUCUUUGCAACCCUGGUUAAAUUACAAUCAGUAAGCAAAACGAAAAUUAAAGCAUUCUGUUUAAAUGGA